AUGAUUCUUAUUGCAACAAAGAACAUUGUUGGCAUUCAUAUCUUGAUAUAUUUUGCUACAAGUCUGGUCGUUUGUAAUAAUGAUAUCCCGUUUUGUCGCAAGCGGCUCAAUGAACUGAGAGAAAACGAGAAAGACUGGCGUAAUCGAUGCUUGAAUGGUGAAGGCCAAAAUCUCGCUACACCGCGCUGUGAAGCAGAUAAAGAAUACAAUUACGAGAGGAUGUGUAUGUACAAGAAGAUAUGCUUUCAUAUUAAUAAAGGUAACAUUAAACGAAUGAAGACUAUGAAAUGCAGAAUGUUUUUAUUACUCUGAUGUAUCAAAACAGAGAUUUAUACAUGCAUAGUUCCAGGAAAGAAUCUAUAUUUUCGAUUGUGAAAGACAUUUCUUUAAGCUAAAGGGCAACACGCAAACUGACUAUAGAAUAAUUCCAGUAAAGUCCAAAUUCAAGAAAGUAUUUUGUUUUCAUAAUUUCUUUUAAAACAUAUGGAAAUCAAUAUAGGGUCUGCUCACACAAUUAUCUUCUUUCUUUAAAUUGAUUGUAGUUCUGUAGGAAUUCAGAAGGUGCAACAAGUGUCUCUAUAUAAUUUUUCUACUGCUUUUCUAGUCUAUAGCAGUUUUAAAUAUUUGUAGUAAUGAUAUAGCAAUGAUAAAUAUUUCUAGUUUUGUCCACGAAACAAAAAUGUAAGGGGAUGACUUACAGUUCCUUAAGUCGUUCGCCAAAGAUUUCAGAAAUUGGUUCCUGGCGUUUCCAAAUUUUAUGCUUUCGAUAAAUGUUAAAUGUGUGUAAACAUUGUCUUUGACACACAUUCACUCUUAAACAAAAUAAGUAAAUAGCUUUUUAUAGUUAAAGAGUAAAAUAUAAUAAAAUAUGAAUUUAUGUUCUCUUGCUAAACAUUUAUUGACUUAGUUACAAAUAGUCUGUGCUAAUAUGUCGCUCUUUCUGAAGGACUCCCUGCUGAACCCUACUUGCUGAUUAAAUCAACGUCUGAAAUCCACGCCAUUGAUUUGACAACCCCAAAGACAACUGUGGCAACCCAAACGACAAAUAUCGCAACCCUAAAAACAACUGUUGCAACCCUAAAGACAAAUGUCGCAACCCUAAAGACAACUGUUGCAACCCUAAAGACAAAUGUCGCAAUCCUAAAGACAACUGUCCCAACCCUAAAGACAACUUUCAUAACCCUAAAGAGAACUGUCGCAAUCCUAAAGACAACUGUCGCAAUCCUAAAGACAACUGUCGCAAUCCUAAAGACAACUGUCACAGCAACCCUAAACACAACUGUCGCAAGCCUAAACGCAACUGUCGCAGCAACCCUAAACACAACUGUCGCAACACUAAAGACAACUGUCGAAAUCCUAAAGACAACGGGCGCAAACCUAAAGACAACUGCCAAAACCCUAAAGACAACUGUCGCAACCCUAGAGACAACUGUCGCAACCCUAAAGACAACUGUCGCAACCAUAAAGACAACUGUCGCAAUCCUAAUGACAACUGUCGCAGCAACCUUAAACACAACUGUCGCAGCAACCCUAAACACAACUGUCGCAACCCUAAACACAACUGUCGUCAUCAGUGGCCUUGCACGUGGGAGGAUGGAAAUUGACACCGUGGACAACAACUUAUACAUCGCAGACAGCAACAGCAUAUCAAGGGUAAACUUGGUUGACAUGUGCGUAGAAGUCAUUUUACAAAAUUUAAGUGUUGAUGACAUUGCAGUUGACUGGAUAAAACGACGUCUAUACUGGGCUGAAUAUUCAAAAAAGCAGAUUUCCGUAGCGAAUUUGGAUGGAAAAAAUAAAAUUGUGCUAAUGAACACAACGAGUUACCCGUCCGGUAUAGCAAUGGAUCCAACAUGGAG